CCAAUAUAACAAAGCUUACGUUCAUAACCUCUGCCAAAGACCCUUCUCGUGGCCGAUUUCUUGAUCUGGAGCACCAUGUCGAAAGGAUUUCUGCCUUUGCUCUUCACCUUGGCGGCUGCCCAUAGCUUCCUGAACUCCAACGAGGUGACAGAGAACGAGGUGCAACAGAGCUUGAUGGACAACCUGGUGACAGACGUUGAAAUGGGUCCGAAGUGGGCUGAAAUUCACCAGGCACUUCUGCCCACGUACAAUGCUCUGCCGAAGAAUUCGCAGGGAUUGAUCGAUCACCAGGCCGUGCGCUACGUGCUUCACCGUAUGUUCGUUCAGAAGUAUGGCUGGUACAUCAAAGGAUUGGAACCCAGUGGUGAUAACUGGCAUGAAGAGACGCCUGAGAAGCUGGAAGUGGUCAAGGUCAAGGAGUGGGUGCCGACCUAUUUGCAAGACUUGUUGGAAAAGAGGCUGCACCACAAGGGCCUGGACCUGAAGGGCCUUGUACAAUUGGCCCUGUCCCUGGAGGAGCUCGUUAGUCAUGAGGCCAAGAAUCGUUUGAAGACGGCGUACCAGAUUCACGACUUCCCAACGUCAGGGGAGAUGGCACGCAUCGAAGCGGAUGACGUGGUGCGCACCUGGUACGUCAGCUUCCUCCUGGCUGGGAACUUCUCGGCCUCCUCUCCCGAGGAGGUCCACUCCAAGAAGGCCAUCUUCGCCAGGAGGUAUUCCGAUUGGCAGGAUGCUGACAAUUGGCUUGGCGAGCUGGAAAAGGAACACUACCAAGGCAUUUCUGCCCCAACCUUCGAGUCCAACUUCGACUUGGUGCAGAAGAUCGGCGAGAGGUAUUUCCGCUUCAACGACGGGGAAUGUCGUGCCUUGAAGGCCACCAUGCAAGACAUGGAAGGCAAGAAGGCCGGACGCGUGCGCCUCUCGACCUUCUACAAAAAGUCUCUCUAUAGUCACUGGCGAUUCACGGAGAAGGCUGACUACUUGCGACGACUGGGUGCGCUGGAUGACUCGGAUCCUCAACAACCUCAGGUCAUAAUGGCCAACUACAUGAUGGCCCGACCCAACUGUUUGGAAGCUUCUGGUUUGUAUGCCAUUUGCUGCCGAAAUGAGUGUGAAGAUCUCAUGGGCCAGUUGGAGGGUGAACUGAAGACUUCCAUGGCCGAGCCUUCCAGGAUCCUGCAAAUGGUUACCAACAUGUCGUCGGACACAGUGGUGGCGCCUCGUGCUCUGAGCCAAGCCCUCCAGACGCGCCUGCGGGAAGUUGCCAACCUCCACGGUGGUCGGGUGCCGAUCCAUGGCCGCCUCUUUGCCCAAUGGAUGCACCACGCUUUCCCCAGGGAGUGCCCUUACCCGCAUGAGUUUGGCACCACCAGUCCACAGACACCCGAUGAGUGGAUGAAGGAGACCGGAGCCAGCGACUCAUCCGCCACCAUGGAGGAGAUGCAACAGCAGGUUGCAAGCGAUGUGUGCCAGCUCGACGACAACGGCAACCCCAAGGCCGGCUGCAACGAGGACGAGGAUCUGCCUUGGAGUGGUGCCGAGGAGCUCUUGGUGAAGAGCACCGUGGUCAAGAGUCUUGGCGAGCCGGAGGUGCCAAUGGUGCCAAGAUCGGUCAAGGAACCGGAGGACGCGGAGAAGGAAAAGGUGGAGGCCAAAUCAUCGGGAUCGAUUGGAGUCAUUGUUGCAGUACUACUGUCCCUUUCCCUGGCAGCAGCUUUGGUGUGGGACUACCUGCGAGCUUCAG